GAUAGAGUCAAGCUUGCGCCAAAGAAAUAAGAGGGGAGAAAAAAGAAAAUAGAAAAUAAAAAAAAAAUUCACCACCAAACAAGAGCAAAACCGGCGUGAGUAUAUAGCGCGUCGACUCGAUUCGACUCGACUCGCUUUUCUCUCUCGGUCGGCAGUUUAGAGACGCCAGUGUCGGGACAACCUCUCACUUUGGCUGUACGCAUUCGCUCCUCUCUCUCUGCUAGCACUCCCACCCCUGUGUAUGUGCGUGUCUCCUAGUGACAGUUGCAUUUUCUUGAAUGUACAUUUCUGGUAUUUUUUCUUUUGGGGAUUUCUUUCGUCAAAUGAUUGAAAGGCUUUUCUGAGUCCGUGUGUGUGCCGAGAAAGAGCAGUGAUAUCGACUCACGCCCGGGAUCGUCCUUUUUAUUUUUUAUUUCGAGACAGACACCCGUGGGUACUUUGCCCAGCUGUGCACCCGUGUAUUCGAUAUCCUCUACUGCUACACUUUGGCGAGAGAGAGAGAGAGAGAGAGGUCCAUUGACGUCGCUGCUCGCCGCAGUCGCUCCAAUACGCUCGUCUUUGUCGGUUGGCAUCGCUGGCGUUCCUCACUAGACCAUCAUCCGCUUUUGCAGUGUUGUGCGACAUCAGUGCCCGUCUAUCGUAUACAUAUAUAUACAAGGGAGAGACGUUAAUUACUGCAAGUUCGUUACAGUUCCCCAACGCAAAAAGUACCCGCCAAAGUUUCCCGCUAACUGCACAACCCGUGAAUGUACUACGUGACAGCUAGUUAAUUCGCCAAAACGAACAUCCCGUACAGCAGUUGACAGAUUCAGUAUAACUCACUUCAUCGACUCCCAUCAAUCUCUCCAGCUCGGCAGUUUUGACUGGGAAUCACGUCAAGAAUCAAAAGAAAUGGUUUCAAGAGAAAAUGAGCUAAUGCGGAACACAUUGAACGGAUGCGCUAAACGACAGGAAAUUUUGAUCGUUGCCGCCUGCUGCGUGUGCAAUUGAGAAAAAGAAAAAGUUGAGCUCGCGAUUGGGCUGGAAAACAAAAAAAAAAAAAAAAAAAAAAGAAUCAAAAUAAAAAAAGGCCAAAAGUUCUAGACGACGACGCGCUACAAUUUGGCGGAAUAAAAAAAGCGAGUGGGAGAGAAAACUGAAUUUAUUUUUUCCCGGUGGCUGCGUGUUUUCGUGCUGCUGCAGUCGGUGGAGUUGCUUCCGGUUUUUCAUUUUCAUUUCACAUUUUUCUCUCGUUCGAUUCUUAUUUUUUAUUUAUUUCUAUUUCAAAUUCGCGUGAAUCGUCGACGUGCUGAACACGCCAAUGUAUUACCGACGGGCGGACAGAAACGGGAGAACGGCGCCAGGAUCGAGCCGAUAAAAGAGCGAAAACUUUUGCGCCCGCAAUUGAACCAAAUUGAACGUGAGUGCAAGACAAACGUGCCGUGCGUCUCUUUUCCGGCCGUUGUUGUCGAUCGUUUUGCGACUGACGUUGGCCCCGUCUCCCAUCAGUGUUGCGACACAACGUCAAACGAUUUUAGGAAUAAGGGAGGGAAUUUGUUGUUGUUUUUCUCGCAUCACGACAUCCUCAUGAUCGGCAUGGCUUGGGAAAACACGCUCCUGGCUUCGCGCAUCUUGCCGCCGGCCUACACUCCGAUCGAAGUGGCCACCAAUCGCUCACAGGAUGCGUCUCUCAUGCUGGAACAAGAUGGGCGAUUAACUUUAUUGAUCAUCCUGACGACGUCGGCCGGACUGGCCAUCGUACUCCUCUUCUUCAUCUUUCUCAGGAUCGGCUGCUUACGAGGACAAAGUUGUCUGGGUAGAUACAAAGAUCGCCACGAUCGAUCGGCCUGUCCGCUGACGACCGUCGUCCUGGACGAUCACGCUUCCAUCACCAAAUCGCUGGUCGCCUCUCAGCAAACCAUUCAGACGUCCCUCACCCAGACGCAUCCGCCCGGCAGCGACACUUACGCAAUCAAACUCGUCGACAACGACCUGAUCGUGGAGACUCAGCAGGACUCGUCUGGGUGCGGCGAACUGGCAACGGCGUCGUCGCUGGUGGAGACGUCGACGCUCAAGACGCCGUCUAAUAAUCCCCCGAGAGAAACAUUUUCGCCACCGGAGCAUCAUCGCCAUGACAACGAGAUGAGACAGCAGCAGCAACAACAUUCUUCUGCCACCGCCGAAAACGACGCCCAGCCAAGUGGAUUUCUCGUCUUCAAAACUUGGCUGUCCGGAAUGAAGAGCAAAGAGUUGAUGAUGGCGACGGACGGAGGAGAAACCGGAGCCGCUGGAAACGACGCUCAGCACCUACUACAGCAACAACAACCGACGACGACGACGACGCCGUUGGAAACGAAGAGUCUGUGCGGAUCACCCAAGCGUCGCUACGGUCGGUCGCCGGCCAGCGUCGAAUUGAUAGCGACGCAGAAGCAGCAGAUUAUGGCCAGAUUCGGCCAGCAUCACCAGCACCUGCCCGGCUUCGGGUUCACUCAAUCUAAAAGCAGUUGCCUCUUCGAGGAAGAAGAGGAUGACGACGGACUGAUGGUGAUGGGUGACGUGUCGUCUUUCGCCGUCCCGCCCAGCAGCUACAGCUACCGCAAUGGCAACCAGUUCGAGUACAUGGGCGGCCCUUACGGCUACGUCGAUCCCAUUUACAGCCACCAGCUGGCCUCCAACAACAAUAAUCGACAUCCAGCAGCAGCCAGGGAAGCCAAGUCUUUACGCCACCACAAUAACGGCCGGAUUAAUAACUCGAUUAUUCGUCUGGAAGAACUCGAUAUCGUCCAGCAGCAGCACGACCAGCGCAACAACAGCACAUUGCUCUUUGGCCAGCAGCAGCAGAUGAUGGGCGUUGCGACGAGACAACCCGAGUCAGCAACAUCUUCACAUCAUCAUCAUCCUCAGCCGGUUUUGCUUUUGUUGCCUACGCUGGUCCGCUCAGCCGAAUCGUUGGUUGUGCUCAGCAAAUAGAGCUGGACCGUAUUUUUUCCCUCGAAUAUUAUAGAACUGAAGAAUAGACAUCUAAAGAAUAUGCUGUAACAUUCCCCUUUGCUGAAUUUGCCGCCCAUUUUUCAUAUAUAAGAAAUCUGACGACGUUGUCAACUCGUAUUUUGUUUUUUAUUACUGAUGAAAUUCUGUGAGCAAACGACCGCGAUGUAUAUAGGAAGUGGCUAUAUACUCAAAAGAAGAAUAUCUGUAUAUCAUAGUCGGAUAUCCCGUCCGGUCUGUUCCACUCGAAUAGAUCCGACGUCAUCUCUUCUUCUGUUCCAGUCUGCUGGAUGCGCUACAUGGGAUGUGAUACGUACGUAUACAAUUGGCAGUCCAAGUGGCCAUACUCUCUGUUGACCAGCAGCAGCCCAUAUUGUAAUAGCGGUGGGCGACUGUGACAUGUAAUAUUUGAUCUGUAAGGAAAAUAGAGCAAGACAAGGAGAUAGAAUGUCAAACAGCGCUGUACAAAUAUAUCCGUUCAACUAUAUACUAUACAUAAUGCUGUGUGUACAGGAAAUGAAAUGGCUUCGACAGUCAAAUCCUUAUAUAUAUGUCUCUUGUUUCCAUCCAAUAAACUGCGCUAUAGUGGCUACGACGCCCAAUGAAUGAAUAUUUAUUGUCUAUAGCUCGACGAUAUCGCAUGGGAGGAUAUGUGAACAAAAAUCAUUUUGAUAUGACACUAUACGGUUGUAUAUAGAUUUAUUUUAUUGACUGCUGCGCUUGCUAUGCUGCUGUGUUCCUGGGUCACGCAAUAACAAUAAGCUUUAUAUAUAAUAGCUAUACACAAAUAUUGAUAGCCUACAUACACAUUUCUGCAACACACACAUACAAACAAGCCACUUUUGUAUAACUGAAUUUUCCCGCCCAUCUGCAUGAUGUGAGCCCCUCCCCAGCAAACGGUUGGUCGCAAAUGCCAGCAGAGCGGUUCGUGUGUGCAUAAUCGAACGUGAAAUUCAACUGCGUCUAUAAAUAUAGUGUAUAUCUAAGAUGCGCGUAACACUUGCUAUUCGAUGGGUAUGUACACACAGAGUGCAAUAUUGAUUCGUAUAUACGUAUGCUGUGUUCUGCUGUUGGUCGUGAGGAAACUGCGAGAGUUACUUUAAAUAUUCCAAAAGUCUAUCCACCCGUGUUUUAUUGUCUUCUUACCGUUUGCAGUUUCUUUUUUUUUUUUUGUCUUUUUAAUUUCUUUUUCUUUUUUGGGGGGGCCGGGUUUCAAUUGGAUUUCCUUUUUCCUUCUCGGCCGAUCGAUGGAUUUGAUACAAGUAGAACGAGAGUCCCCGUCGAGCUUUGCAGAUGCAACACACUGGGAAAACGAAUGACGACCAGAGUCUCUUCUAUACGCAUCGGCGAAAAGGAAAAAAGGACGAAAUAAUAAAAACAGUUUUAUCUGAUAUGUGUGUUUCUACUGCCCUGCUGCAUCAAGCGCAUGUACACAUUUCUUUUGAUCUCUUUUCGCCAGAGAGCAUUUUCUUUCUUUAUAUUUCUUGCAAGUUUCCCGGUUUCUUUUCAUCUCUAAUAUUGUUUUGCCUAUAACCAGUUUUUUGUUUUAUUUUUGGAGCUGCCCUCGACCCUCUUCUAUUACAUAAUAUACAGCACACAGUUGUACAGAACUUGAAAUAAACUACUUGAUAAACAUUC